GAGAUGACAAAAACAACAAGCGUAAAACCGGGGAGAACGGGCGAGUUCCGCCGCUUUCCGUUUUUUGCCCCGGUUGGGAAUUUGCCGAUGCGCCCUCCCGCGGACGGAAACGGAGCCCUUUGAGGGCAGGACCGAGGCGCGUUCGCCGGCAGGAAACAUGUCCGCGGGCCGGCCGUUCCGCGGGUGCGCCUGCUUUUUCACCGACAACAUCUUCGUGGGGCGGUUCGGGCUCCACGUGCGGUACCGGGACGGGCCGCAGCUCCGCCGGGACCACGGCCGGGCGCUGAGGGAGCGCGGCUGCCGGAGCGAGGAGCAGUUCCAGGAGGUGCUGAGGGAGAUUGAGGCAGAAGUGCAGAGAAGAAAAGAGUUAAUCCAUCAGUCAGUGGAACGCAGAGCCAUCAUCUCCAAGUGCUACAAACCAAAACACCCAGAGGUGUACACCCUGCAGGAUUCCUUCCUGGCCCCAGAGUUUCUGGAAAUCGUGAGGUUCUGCACAUCUCCAGGUGCUGAUCUCCAGGGCCUCCUGAGCUACCUCGAGUCCUUCUCAGAUAAGAGGAUCUACCGACUCCCAGUGUUCACAGAGGAGUUCUGCCAAGCCUUUGUGGAUGAGCUGGAGAACUUUGAGCAGUCGGAUAUGCCCAAAGGCAGGCCCAACACCAUGAACAACUACGGGGUUUUGCUGAACGAGCUGGGCAUGGACGAGCCUUUCCUGACGCCGCUGCGGGAGCGGCUCCUGCCCAUCACGGCCCUGCUGUACCCAGAGCUGGGAGGGGCCUGCCUGGACAGCCACAAAGCUUUCGUGGUCAAGUACUCCCUGCACGAGGACCUGGACCUCAGCUCGCACUACGACAACGCUGAAGUCACCCUGAACGUUUCCCUGGGGAAAGAAUUCACAGAAGGAAAUUUGUACUUCGGGGAUUUCAGCCAGGAUCCCACCCCAGUGCCCAAAUACAUCGAGGUGGAGCACGUUGGAGGCCGGGGGCUGCUGCACCGAGGGGGGCAGAUCCACGGGGCCCUGCCCAUCGCCUCCGGGCAGCGCUGGAACCUCAUCGUGUGGAUGAGAUCCUCGGCCAUCCGAAACCAGCUCUGCCCCAUGUGCCGCAGGAAACCCGAGCUGGUGGAGGCCGAGGGCUUUGGGGAUGGCUUCACAGAACCCCUGGAGGAGGAGGAGGUGCCACAGACUGUGAAUCUCUGUGCCUUGGGGUAGUGGGGGGAGGAUUUCCCCACUCCAAAUUGUCCAAAGCGCCGUGCAAGGAGCAGCUCUCACCUUGGGAAGGGAUGCUAAGCCAGCCGUGCCAGCAUUCCAGCUGGAAGAGCUGGAACUUGGCUCCUGAGGGCUCAGCUGGGGCUGGAGGACUCUGACACACAAACUCCAACUCUGAUUCCCUGCAGGAGCUCUGUCAAUAAUUCCAAGUGCACAGGGGAAACACCCAAAGCUCCUUGGCCUCUCUGCCAACAGCAGCACCCCAGGUCCCACUGGAAAUGGGGAAGAAUGGUAGAAUAAACCAUUUCUCUGCUGUUC